GGUCAUCACCUUCAGGACCGCGAUGACUGGUCGGGCCAGGACCACCGCCCGAGGCAGAGCCCGCUCCAGGGAGCAGGAGGAACAAGAGGCACCUGGGGUACCCAGAGCACCUGAAUCAGCUGCAGUGAGCAAGCCCAUUCAGUGGCAGCAGAUACCCCGGCCCCUGCGAGAGGAAGGCCCAGUGGUUAGACCGCGGCAGCCAAGAGGAGAAGAAGUAGCGGCACAGUCUAGAGGGGCGAAAGAGCCUGGACUUGAAGCUGGAUUACAAACCCUAUCCUUACAGGAGACGAGGAUUGGUGGAGUUUUUCAGGACCUGGUGGUAAACACCAGGAGAGACAUGAUGCAUGUGAAAAACUCAAAAACAGGUUCAGAGGGUAAAGUGGUGCAGCUAAUCGCCAAUCACUUCCGAGUGAUAUCCUAUCCUCAGGGUGUUGCAUUUAAAUACAAUGUUGACUACAAACCAGAUGUAGAAGCUGGAAAUCUCCGUCAAAUUUUACUUAAUCAACAUAUAAGGAAAUUUGGAGAAUGCCAUAUAUUUGAUGGAAACUCUUUAUUAUUACCUCGGCCACUAAGAGAGCGGAAAGUGGAAUGGGUGAGCACAACCGAAGAUAAAAAAAUUGUGAAGAUUGUGGUUGAGUUUUCCAAAGAACUCAAGCCCACGUCACCAGAUUGCCUACGCUUUUACAACAUUCUGUUUAGAAAAACUUUCAAGGAGCUAAACUUGAAACAAAUUGGUCGCCACUAUUAUACCAAAAAGAUACCACUGACAGAGCAUCGUGGUACCAGGUUGGAAAUCUGGCGUGGUUAUGUUACUUCUAUUCUUCAAUACGAAAACAGCAUUACCCUCUGUGCUGAUGUGAACCACAAACUGCUCCGAAUAGAAACUGUUUAUGAUUUCAUAAGCAAAAUACAGGCAGAGACCGACCCAGAAAACUGCAAAGAGGAAGUAGCUAAGAGAUUAAUUGGAUCAAUUGUUCUGACAAAAUACAACAACAGGACCUACAGAGUAGAUGGUAUUGACUGGGGUCAGUCUCCUCUAGACACAUUUAACAAAUCAGACGGCACCAAAAUCACCUAUAUAGACUACUACAAGCAGCAACAUAAAGAAAUCAUCACUGUGAUGACUCAGCCACUUCUGGUCAGCCAGGGCAGAUGGAAAAAGGGCCAAACGGAUACACAGCGUCGGCGUAUCCUGCUGAUUCCUCAGCUGUGCUACAUGACAGGUCUAACAGAUGAAAUACGUAAGGAUUAUACCAGUAUGAAAGACUUGGCUGUAAAAACAAAAUUGAGCCCAGAAAGAAGGCAUGAUGCAUUAAAAGAAUUCAUGAAAAGCAUGAAAGAGGAAAAAGCGCAAGCAUUACUUCGACUCUGGGAUUUCAAAUUUGAUAGCAACCUUUUGUCCCUCCAGGGAAGAGUUUUGAGCAAUGCAAACAUCUUUCAAGGCAGAAGAAUGGUUCAAGCCAAUGCAAGCGGAGAGUGGGCGAGAGAAGUAAGAGGAAUCCCCUUACUUAGCCCAGUGCCACUACAUAGUUGGCUCCUGCUCUAUGGCAGGCACUGUUUUGCACAAGCCAUGACCUUAGAGGAGCAUCUACGCCAUGUCACAGCCCCCAUGGGCAUAACUAUGAGAUCAGCAAUUAUGAUUGAAGUAGCUGGUGAUGCUAACUCCUAUACAGACAUAUUAAAGAAAUAUACUAGAUCAGCCCUGCAGAUGGUGAUUUGUAUUCUGCCCACUGAUGACAAACGCACAUAUGACCACAUAAAAAAAUACCUGUGUACCACAUUCCCGAUUCCAAGCCAAUGUGUGGUGAAAAGGACCAUCGAGAAGGUCCAGGCAAGGACUAUCAUCACCAAGAUUGCGCAGCAGAUGAAUUGCAAGAUGGGAGGGGCCCUCUGGAAGGUGGAGACAAAUGUACAAAGAACAAUGUUCAUCGGCAUUGAUUGUUUCCACGAUAUUGUUAAUCGACAGAAAUCCAUAGCAGGAUUUGUGGCAAGUACGAACACUGAGUUGACAAAGUGGUACUCUGAAUGUGUCAUCCAGGACACAGGAGAAGAGCUUGUGAAAGAGCUGCGAACCUGCUUGAAAGCUGCCCUGGAUGUCUGGUGUGAAAACGAAUCCUCGAUGCCACGUUCUAUUAUUGUGUAUCGAGAUGGAGUGGGAGAUGGUCAGCUUCAAGCAUUGCUUGACCGGGAAGCAAGACAGAUGUCGACCUACUUACAAGCCAUCUCUAACAAUUUCACUCUAGCUUUCAUUGUGGUGAAGAAACGAAUAAACACUAGAUUUUUUCUUAAACGUGGAAGCUAUUUUGAAAAUCCACGUCCAGGAACAGUUAUUGACCUGGAGUUGACUAGGAGUGAAUGGUAUGACUUUUUUAUUGUGAGUCAGUCUGUGAGUGAGGGGACUGUUACCCCCACUCACUAUAACGUCAUCUAUGACACGAUUGGCUUGCGCCCAGAUACAGUGCAGCGUUUAACUUACUGUCUAUGCCACAUGUAUUAUAAUUUGCCAGGCACCAUUCGAGUUCCAGCGCCUUGCCACUAUGCCCACAAGCUGGCAUACCUUGUGGGGCAGUCCAUUUGCGAGAAACCGAAUCGUUCCCUGUCAACCCUGCUCUUUUACCUUUGA